CCUAAGAACAGGAGUAAUGUAGGAAGUAUGGUUAGAAGUUAGAAGGAGUGAGAGCUGUGAUUGUAAGAAGACAACUAGUGGUUACAUUUUGAAAGAGCGUUUUUCCUGAACAGCAACAUUAGUUUAGACUUGCAUGACGACGACGUCCCCUUAGGAUCCAAGUAGAAUCGCUAGGCACUUAGAAAGUACUCAAGAAAGGCACUGCGACAGCUUGUAACACGAUUUUGAUUCCCUUUUUAUUUGAACCAGAUAACACGUUUUAAAUGCAACGCUGUUUGAUAUAUGAGAAAACUAUGGCAGCCGAGACGAGGAACGGCGGGAGUUCACUGAACAACAAUAACUGCAAAGACCAUAGCAGGAGAAAGUUACUGGUCGGAGUGGAUCUCUUCUGCUUAUUUUUAGCCGGCCUGCCUUUCUUGGUCAUUGAGACCAGCGCUGUUCAGCCUUACCAUAGAGGGUUUUACUGCGAUGAUGAGUCCAUCAAGUACCCGGCCAAAAAUGGAGACACCAUUAGCGACGGUGUGCUUAGUGCUGCUGGCAUUCUUAUCACCAUCCUCUCUAUCAUCAUUGGGGAGAGCUACAGGAUCUACUUUCUAAACGAGGGAUCCAAGUCUUUUGUAGGGAACCCCUACAUAUCUGCUCUCUACAAGCAGGUGGGCGUGUUCAUCUUUGGCUGCGCCAUCAGCCAAUCCUUCACUGACAUUGCCAAAGUGUCAGUGGGCCGAAUGCGCCCUCACUUCCUCGAUGUGUGCAAACCUGACUUCUCCACUAUCAACUGUUCCCUGGGAUACAUCACUGACUACCAGUGUCAGGGGCCAGAGAGCAAAGUUCAGGAGGCCAGGAAGUCUUUUUUCUCUGGACAUGCAUCGUUCUCCAUGUACACCAUGCUGUACCUGGUGUUUUACCUGCAGUCUCGCUUCACUUGGCAUGGAGCUCGCCUGUUGCGCCCUCUGACCCAGUUCACCCUCAUUAUGAUGUCUUUUUACACCGGCCUGUCCCGUGUCUCUGAUCACAAGCACCACCCAACUGAUGUCCUAGCAGGUUUUGUGCAGGGAGCCCUGGUGGCCUACAUUAUAGUAUUCUUUGUAUCUGAUUUGUUCAAGCCCAAAGGUAGACGUUCUACCCUUUUGCCAACCCCAGUGAAGAAAGAUCUUGUUCCUCCAGCAGACAACAGAGAACGGAGUAACCAUCUCAUAAUGGCAUAAAAAGGCGACUUCAAACUGACUGGGGUGCAUAACCCCGACUGGUGACUUUUUUCAGUCACUGCUGCAACCACUGGUCAUUACUGGAUACAAAUAAACUCCCAACAAUCUGGAUAAUGGAGACAAACUAUGGAAUCUUGAGCCUAAUAGGAUGAGAGAAAGAGGCUAUGGAAAACUGUCAACCAAGUUUUGUUUUCUCAAUGGAAAUGUUCCAUCUUUUUCCUCUCUCACCAGACAUUUUAAUGUGGAAAAGAGAGAGGAAUGGGGAUAUUUCUACCUCUUCUGUUAUGAAGAUUAUUUGAGAUUCUCCUCUGUCAAGGUCUCUCCAUGGACACGCAUCUGAAA